AUGGGGAAUAUGUCAUAUCUGUACGGUUCCCUUUUCAAAUCUGGAUCACGCGUACAUGCACUCCGAGUCCUCGCAGUCGACUAUGAUGGCCACGAAAUUGGUCACGCUCUCGAUGCGGCCUAUAGCUCCUUACGAGCCGACAGUUUUCCAUCCCUGGAAUUUCGUUCAGCAUCACAGUAUCCGACGGUGGAGUCUCUCGAGGAAGCCAUGUGUACAGAAGGGUACUGGGCGGCCAUCUACACACAUGACGGCGCCUCAGACAGACUCAUGACCGCUCUCUCCGGCGAUAGCUCGACCGCAUACGACCCCAAAGACACAAUAUCGUAUACCUACUACGGAUCUUAUUACCCUAUCGUUUCAAUGUCGUCGGUUGUGUCCAACAUGGAGACAUUGAUAUCAGUCGCGUCACGAACGUUAUAUUCAGUCUCUACCGAGGCACUGUCAACAGUCAACUUCACAAGCCCCUCGAGCGCUACAGCCUUCCUCAACCCGAUUCGAUCCUCCUCAAUCGUCAAGUCGCCAACCAACCAAGGAUCAAGGGUCCUUCUCAACACAGUCACAAUGGUGAUGGGGGCCUUGAUGCAAUUCUUCUUCCUGAUGGGUAUGAAUAACAUCUCGGGGCAGGCCGGAGUCUACAACAAGAUGUCCAAGCGAGACGUCUACAUCUCUCGGCUCGUCAUCAGCAAGUUCCACACCUUUUUUUGCGCGCUCUGUAGCGUCGCGUAUAUCUGGGCGUUCCGAGAAGACUGGUUUGUGACCAGCGCCCAUUUUGGAAAGACAUGGAUGGCAUUCUGGCUGUACAUGGAGAUCCAAUAUACGGUAGUAGACACAUUGAUGGAGAUUGUCAUACCUAUGAAAUUCUGGUCCUUCUUCGUGUUGACGUGGAUCAUCACGAACAUCACGAGCACGGUUUACCCCUUCGAGUUGACGGCUGGGUUCUAUCGCGUCGGCUGGGCUUUGCCAGCGCACAAUUUCUGGCUCCUGCUGAUGGACAUUUGGUCGAACGGGUGCAAGCAGCACCGCACUAUCGUCCUGCCAGUCCUCCUCUGUUGGUGGCUACUGGGCCAUAUUGGCAGCGCUUGGUCAGUUUGGAAGAGAUGUUCUCUGGCUGAGGCCAAUGCUGCUAUACUGGAGAAGAAUGCGGACGAUACGGACACGUCGCGAAGCGUGCUUCAGACACCCCCUGAAUAA